UUAUACAAAGAAAAAUUGGGUAAAAAAAAAAUAAAAGAUCAAAGGUGUGUGAAUUUACUCAUACUUUGCGCCAACGACGAAUCAUAAAUAUAAUAAUAAAAUUUAUAAACAAUUAUCAUUAUUAUUAUUAUUGUUGUUGUUGUUGUUGAUGGUUAAACUGCAAUAUAUCUAAAAAAUAAAAACACAAGUUAUGCCAGACAACGAAAAAACAGUUACGACAAUGUCAAAGCCACAUAGCCCAGCUGUAUUUAAUGGUGGAUCAGACAAUUAUUAUGAUCCAAAUUUUACACUUGAUGUUAAUCAAAAAAUGACAGUGCCAAAAAGUAUAAGAGUAAGUGGUGAUUAUUCAGAUGAUGAUUCAUCAAGUAUCAAUGGUAAUAAUAAUUGGAAUCAAGCAAUACCAGCUGAUAAAUUUGAUAUGAAUGUUCCAGACAGAAUUCUCGUUGUUGGUCAAGAUCAACAUCUUGGCACCAAAGCUCCACCAAUUGAAAUGACAUUAGAAAAUUCAGUUAUUGCUCCAGUACGAGAAACAACAAGAUGUCAGACUCCACCAAGAGUUUUAACAUUGGAUGAUCAUUAUUUUCCAACUGUUGACGAUGAUGAUGAUGAAAAAUAUGAUCAUCUUGCUGAUAUUAAUACAACAUUGUCAUCAUCACGUGCACCACUUUCAUAUAUUAAUGAAACACCAAUUGCAAUUGCUCGACGUGAGCUAAGGGAACAAACACCUUUGUAUAGUGCUCUUGAUGUAUCACUUGCACCAACUGAUGAAAUUGUUCAUUUACGUAGACAAGUUGGUAAAUUAAAUCGUCGUGUUAUGGCAUGUGAACAUGAAAUAAUGCAACGUCAACAACGUGAAAAAAUUAUUUAUGCAAUAACAAUUGCAUAUUUCUUUUUUAAAGCAUUCAACUGGAUGAGUAGAAAUUAGAUCAAUUUAUUUUUAUUAUUGAAAAACAAAAAAAAAAACAAAAACAAACACUUAAUUAGGAAAAAAAACAAACAAACAUUGUUUAAUUAUUAUUAAAUUUUGUGAGGAAGAAUUUCAUUCUAUUAGUUAAUUAGUUUGAUUACAAUUUUUCUUUUUUUUUUUUUUUUUUCUUUUUCUCUCCCUUAGUAAUUCUAGAUUUUUUUUUUUUUCUUUUCCCGAACAAAGUGACAAAAAUUAAUCAAUUGUUUAUUAAAUGAUUCGUCAACUUUUUCCUUUUUUUUUUUAAAGACAAUUAAAUUAAAAAUGUCCAGUGUGGCAUAUAAAUAGCAACAAUUUAUUAUAAUUUUUUCUAGAUAAUUUUAUUAUUAAAAUUGAGUUGAAAAUAAAAUCAUAAAAUACGUUUUAAUUAACUCAAAA